AUGAGCAAAGCAACCCUAGCAACGGUUCAGGGCAUCAAGACGUCCCUUGAGAAGGAGGUAGCGAAAGGCGAUGACAUUUCGUCGGAGAGUGUCAAAGACAUGUUGGAUCAGUUGGACAAGUGCAACAUGACCAUGGCCGUAUUGACCAAAUCCCUGAUUGGGACGGUUGUCUCCAAAUUGAAAAAGCACGACGAUUUGGGCCCCCCUGCCAAGGCACUCGUCAAAAAGUGGAAAAAGGUCGCGAAAGAUGCCGAAGCCAACAAACAAGCCAAGAAGGCGGAACGUCGUUCGUCCAAUAAUAGUGCUGCUGCUGCUGCUGCGGCUGCAGCUACAGAUGAUCAGCCUCUAGCCAAUGCGGAAGAAUGGGACGAUCUUCUACCACAGCAAAAGAUCAUGUGUCAGAAACUACACAAAUUCUUGCGCACGCACAAACCGGCGUUGGUCAAAGAUGGAAUUAACGAAGAAGCCGUCGACCAUUUGCUCGUGUCGAGAGCGACCGAAAUCGAAGCGGCCAUGACGACCAAAUUCAAAAACAACAGAGCUGGCUAUGCGGAAAAGGCUCGCACCUUGUGUUUCAACUUGAAAAAGAAUGCGCAGCUCGCGGAACAAGUAAUCCUAGGACAAAUCGAAGCUGACAAACUCAUCACCAUGUCCUCCGAAGAAAUGGCGUCUUCCGAAGCCCGCAAGGCACGGGAAGAGGAGGCCAAAAAGCUGGUCGAUUCGAAACGUCUCGAUUGGGACCAAGCCAAUGAAGACAAAAUCAAUGAAAUGUGCGGUAUCAAGGGAGAUCUUCUCAAGGCGUCUCUGUUCACUUGUGGACGUUGCAAGAGCGUCAAAACGACAUCCACUCAAAAGCAAACGAGAAGUGCCGAUGAACCCAUGACGGUGUUUGUCCUGUGCUUGAAUUGUGGUAAGCGCUGGAAGUGCUGA